CUAAGAGGAAGGGUGGAGCCGAGGCGCGCCGGGCUCUUCUUAACGCGGUGGACGGGGCUACGCUCCUCGCCUGCAGCGGCGUCGGAACGCCCGCCCCGCCGGAUCUGCAGCUUUGAAGAAGAUUCCAGUCGCGUGACCAACUGUACUUUCUCCCAAAGAAGGUCCAGUCUACUGUGCCUUUGCUUAAGAAAAUGGAGAAGCUGAUAUCAGAGAAGCCUGUUCCAGUAUCUAAGGAUGAAAUGCAUUCCCUUCCUUCCCAGGCCAAGCCAGAUACAAACUCAUGCCCUCAUGCUUCUGGCAAAUACUUCCUUCCUGGUGGGACAGACCAUGAGGACUGUAAGACUAACGAGAAGGAAAGGAAGUGGAUCCGUCCUGAUACACCCAGCAAAUGCACGUGGAAGCUUGGGAAACCCAUUUCUGCCUCCCCCCAUCGUCAUAUGUCUCUGCCAGAGCCUCCAAACAUUCUGCCCAACAUUUUGAAUAAAGUUGGCAACACACCGUUGGUGCGGAUCAACAAGAUUGGGAAGCACUUUGGGCUGAAGUGUGAACUCUUGGCAAAAUGCGAGUACUUCAAUGCUGGGGGCAGUGUGAAAGACCGCAUCAGCCUGAGGAUGGUAGAGGAUGCUGAGAGAGCUGGGAUCUUGAAGCCUGGGGACACAAUCAUAGAGCCAACCUCUGGAAACACAGGAAUUGGGCUGGCCUUGGCUGCAGCAGUGAAGGGUUACCGCUGUAUCAUUGUGAUGCCAGAGAAAAUGAGUCUGGAGAAGGUGGAUGUCCUGAGAGCUCUGGGUGCUGAGAUUGUAAGGACCCCAACUACUGCCAGAUUUGAUUCUCCUGAAUCUCACGUGGGUGUAGCAUGGAGACUGAAGAACGAAAUCCCCAAUGCACAUAUCUUAGACCAGUACCGUAAUGCCAGCAAUCCCCUGACACACUAUGAUACUACAGCUGAAGAGAUCCUGCAGCAGUGUGAAGGGAAAAUAGACAUGCUGGUGGCUACAGCUGGUACAGGAGGUACCAUCACUGGCAUCUCCAGAAAGCUGAAGGAGAAGUGUCCAGGUUGCAAAAUCAUAGGUGUUGAUCCUGAAGGCUCCAUCCUUGCUCAACCGGAUGAACUGAACAAGACCGACAAGACAAUGUAUGAAGUGGAAGGAAUUGGAUACGAUUUUGUUCCCACAGUGUUGGAUAGAUCUCUGGUGGACCAGUGGUACAAGAGCAAUGAUGAGGAGUCAUUUGCUUUAGCACGCAUGCUGAUCCGAGAGGAAGGACUGCUGUGUGGUGGCAGCUCAGGCAGCGCAAUGUCUGUAGCUGUGAAGGCAGCCAAAGAGCUGAAGGAGGGUCAGCGCUGUGUUGUUAUCUUCCCUGACUCUAUCAGGAACUACAUGUCCAAGUUCUUGAGUGACAAAUGGAUGAUUCAGAAAGGGUUCAUGACAGAAGAAGACCUUGUCAAAAAACCUUGGUGGUGGAAUGUCAGUGUUCAGGAGUUAAGCCUCUCAGCUCCCCUGACUGUGCUUCCAACUGUUACCUGUGCAAAGACUGUUGAAAUUCUUCGGGAGAAGGGGUUCGACCAGGUACCAGUUGUUGAUGAAUCUGGGGUGAUUUUGGGCAUGGUUACUCUAGGUAACAUGCUUUCUUCACUGCUUGCUGGAAAAGUUCAGCCUUCAGAUGAAGUCAGCAAAGUAAUCUACAAGCAAUUCAAGCAGGCAGAUAAUCAAGGAUCAGGUGGAAAUGUGAUUAACCUGAAAGACAACUUGGGGAAGCUCUCUCAUAUUCUGGAAACAGACCACUUUGCUUUAGUGGUUCAUGAACAAAUUCAGUAUCACACUGAUGGUUCCUCCAGUAAGCGACAAAUGGUGUUUGGCAUUGUUACGGCCAUUGACCUGCUCAACUUUGUGACUGCGCGAGAACGGGAAAGAAAGAUCAACUAAAGUCAAGGAGCAGUCGGGAACCUCUUCAGUAAUAUUUUGCAAUCUCCAACAAAGAAUCAGGUUUAUUUCUUAGGUUGAAUGGUCUGUUCUUAAGGUGUUUGUUUCGAAAUUCUGAAAAUAAGCAGUUAGCGAUCCUGGUGUCAGCUAUACAGCUAGUGCUUUCUACUCAUUGCACAGUUUCUGGGAGUUUGUUUCUUAAUCAAGUUACAUGAUAUUUCUUAAGACAAUUUAUUUUUUUACCUAUAUAUAUGUGUGUAAAAAUACUGCCUAAAUUAACUGGUGUGUUCCUUACCUGUUGUGUCCAAAGCCUGGCUUUUCAAAAAUAUUGUCAGAUGAAUUAAAUAUGUUGAAAAGAGUUAUAAAGCAGAAGUCUAAGAGCUCUGGAAGGCAUUUUUUUAAUGUGCAGGGUUGUUAAGUUAGACAAUAUAGCGUAGAAACAAAAACAUGGAAUUGGGCUGUGAAGAAGGGAGGAGGUGUUUCCCAUUUGGUGACAUCAAUGUAAAAUGGGAGCAAAGCUUGAGCGCAAGAGUUAAGGUUUGGUUCAACCAGCUCCUCUGAGACAGAUCUGACUUGGCUGACAAAUGAAAAAUAGUGAUUUGUUCUACACGGUGCACUAGCUUUCACUGCAAAGAGAGACCUUUCUCUUUUUCCAACUAUACCUCAAUAAGUAAGCAUGGAUGGAAAGGAAGAGAGCCUUUUUGCCCGAAGGUUGUUUAGAAUGAUGCUGUCACAUCUAGGACCUUCCCCUCACUUUCCAGCCUCCUUUUUAUCUAUGUCUAUGCCUAUUUUAAAAAGCCAGAGGUAAUUCAACAAGAGCUGUAAACUGUUUUUCAAGUCCUGUCCAAGUGCUCCCAGACUGCAACUCCUCAUGGAAGGUGCAGUAGAUGAGUGCAUCAAUGACUUCUGUAAUUCUCUGGGUUUUUUGAUUGUGUUUGACUUAGGUGACUGCAGGUUUUUUUUCCCUGAAGUGGGUGCCUGUAUCUUCUGUUUACUUGUGCUGGUUAAGUACAUGCUGACCAUCAGCCUGGAAACUAUUUUGCACAUGGUUAUUUAUAUAAACAAUUUAUGCUGUGUUUCUGUGUCACUGUAGGAGAAUAUCUGUCCUUUCGCUUUUCUUUACUCUGCAAGAAUGCUUUUAUUUUCUCACAUGGAAACUUUUAUCCGAUAGAAGCUGUACAUAUUGCAAGGAGUUAUCAAGCAAGAAUGUGAGGAUCAUUUUGAAGUUGCAACAACCAAUGUUACUUCCCACUUUUUCCACAAGCUAUGACUGACUCCAGAACUCUUUGUAGCCAAGUUUCUUUUGAGUGCCCAGACCGGUCCCCUGCCCACCAAGUUGCUAAAUGGUUUCUGGAAACUUCUGUUGUGAGUUUCGCAUAUUGUGCUCACCGUUAGCAGUUGCCUAGUACUGCCACUGUUGUCCAACAGCCUUUCUAACUGCAUAGCAUCAGCACACUACAAUGACAAAGGGAAGACUUUUUAUGUUUUAAGGAGCUGGGAAAAAUUCAUUGCACAGACAUUUGCAAUACGAUGUGAAGAAUUCAAUAAAAGCUAUUUGAUUGCAGAAUGGCUCUGUCUGGUUUGUUUAUCAGUGGCAGUUCAAGCUGGAAGUAUGUUAGACUGUAGGCUGUAAGAAAUUUCUCAGGGCUCACUUUGUUACAGAAUAGGGAAGGAAAUAGGCAGAGCUACGGCUGAAAUAUGACUGAAGUUCCUACCGCAAAAGUUGCCAGCGUGGUCAAUUGGAUAGGUGUUUGUGAAUGAAUAGAAAGGGUAGGGGCUAGCCUGCCUGCUGUGAGGAGGCAAGGAGAAGGAGAUUAAGGCUAAUUUCCCAAGGUAAGAGAUUUAUAGAUGUAAGUGCCAAGCAGGGGAACUGUACUGUGGAUAAGGAGCUGCUGGCAGGAACCGGGAGGACUGCCUGUGUUUCAGAGCUAUGUGUACGUGCCUCUGCUCAGCUCUGUCCCCUCUUGGCCAGUUGCUCAAGGUAAGCGAGAGUAAAGGCAUUUUAUAUCUGUCAGGCAAGACUGUAAACCUUUCAUCCCUUGGUUUGCAGUUCCCAUUGCUUUGUCGGGUCAGCCCUUGCUCAAACAUCUCCAAAACACAUUUGGACCAUGCCAGCCUAUUCACUGGCAUCUCGUUCCAUCACCUGCAGGACGGAGAGGUGCAGGGUGGGCCUCCUCAGCAUGCCUCAGAUGCUGGGGCCAUGCAGCAUGAAGUUGCAGCUCCUUCAUGAGUUUUUCAGUAGGAACGCCAUCAGUCUGCCUUCUCUGGUGCAAAACGUGCUUUAUCUCCAGCUUACUAUCUAUCUGGGGGGGGAAACAACCCAGCAGGUGAAUGGUGCAUGAACCACUCCAUACACAUCCCUUUCAUAUUGAUUAGUCAAAAUGCUGUCCUUGUCCACAGCAAUUGUGGUUCAUUGCCUAACCUUCAACUUUUCGUAGUCUACUGAGUUCGUGCCUUACCUUCACCUUUUGGCAGUCUACUGAGAAGCAAAAGUGGUUGUGAUAGGCAAAAGGCCAGCAUUGUUCCUUGCAAAGCAUGGUGCGUGGUUCCAGCAGAAAGGCCAAAGGCUAAUGGGACACGAAGAGCAGCUGGCAGCUUGUGGGAUCAAGUUCCACUUUGGGAGUAGGCGAAAGGCGUUCUUGCCAUGCUACUGCUCUGGCUGCGGUCCCAAGUGAGGAGCUGAGCUCUAACAAAUGUGAGGUGCUCAGAUGUUUUAGCCAGUGCAGCUAUGCAAGUGCCAAAAUUGCAGUGUGAUGCUUGCUUCCCACGUCCAUGGUGUGCCCAGAGGUUGCCCUGUCAGUACCAGCCCCUAGGUUUGGUUGUUGUAGGCAGUGACUUGCAUGUACCCCAGGUCUGAACUUUUCUUGAUGGCUGAGGCCUUGCCAUGCCUGCACUAUCCCUACGCUUGGGGCAGCCCCUCCUCAUGGAUCACAGACACAGGGAAAAUUACUGGGUACAAUCUUCGGUUCGGGCUCUGGAGAUAACCAGAGGACUUCAGUCCGGA